AUGUUGCAAUUCUCUUCACCACCAAGCCGACAAGACAUGGCCGAUUUGCCUUCCGACGAGGAAGCCAGUACGAGCAAGACCACAAAGUUUCAAGUUAUCAAUCAACAUCUGCUCUCCGAUAUUGACACCAAGUGGACUGAUAUUAUCCUCAUCAUUUGUGGCUUUGUCGGUGGCUUGGUUGAUGGGAACUGUGUCUUCAUUGGCCUAGGAGCCUCUGGCCAACCCGAAUACCCAGCAUAUCUGUGGGCAAAAGCCCUCGCUUCCGUAUCGACCUUCAUAUUCGGCAACAUAUUCUUCAGUCGUCUCAUGCGUUUCCUCGGCUCGAAGCGCCGCGGAACUUAUAUCAUCUGCUUUACAAUGCAAGCUAGCACUCUUCUCAUAGCCUCGCUUGUAGUUCAAUUCGAUAUUGUGUCUGAACGAGCAGAAGACCCACGAGCUCCCAUAGCGUGGAUACAGAUACUCCCCAUCAGCAUGCUUGCUUUCCAAGCCGCGGGACAGAUCGUGGCAAGCCGGACUCUGGAAUACGAUGAGCUGCCAACUGUCGUUCUGACAACGAUGUUGAGUGAUCUUCUGAUUGACCCGAACUUGUUCGCGAAAGAUAAUUCCACGAGGAACAGGCGGGCAGCGUGCUUUGUCGCCUUGAUUCUGGGGGCAAUGACGGCCGGUGGUCUGUUCAGGCUCACAGGUAUCAAGACAAGCUUGUGGUUUGCGUUUGCUUUGAAGGCGGCUAUUACUCUUUCCUGGUGCUUUUGGAAGGCUUCUGAUUGA